AUGUCAGAGAAACAAGAAAUGGACUCCAGGCAGGAGUCUCCAAAUCUCCAAAGGGAACAGAGGGGAAGAUCAGACUCAGAGGAUUCCAGUGAUGAGUCAGUAAAGAGUGAUCAGUCAAAAGGUGAUGUGCCACUUUUUACAGAAGAAACACCUAUCGAAAGUGAAAGAUCAGGUUCACCUGUUCUUAGUUCUGUAUCUAUGAAGAGUGACCGUUCAAAAGGUGAUGGACCAAACUUCAGUGAACAACAACCAUCAUCUAGCAGAAGUGAAAGAUCAGGUUCACCUGUGUCUAGUUCUGUUUCUGUGAAGAGUGACCGUUCAAAAGGUGAUGGACCAAACUUCAGUGAACAGCAACCAUCAUCUAGCAGAAGUGAAAGAUCAGGUUCGCCUGUGUCUAGUUCUGUAUCUGUGAAGAGUGACCGUUCAAAAGGUGAUGGACCAAACUUCAGAGAACAACAACCAUCAUCUAGCAGAAGUGAAAGAUCAGGUUCACCUGUGUCUAGUUCUGUAUCUGUGGAGAGUGACCGUUCAAAAGGUGAUGGACCAAACUUCAGUGAACAACAACCAUCAUCUAGCAGAAGUGAAAGAUCAGGUUCACCUGUGUCUAGUUCAGUAUCUGUGAAGAGUGACCGUUCAAAAGGUGAUGGACCAAACUUUAGUGAACAACAACCAUCAUCUAGCAGAAGUGAAAGAUCAGGUUCACCUGUGUCUAGUUCAGUAUCUGUGAAGAGUGACCGUUCAAAAGGUGAUGGACCAAACUUCAGUGAAAAACAACCAUCAUCUAGCAGAAGAACACGCACAUCACUCACUGCUGAAGUAAAUGUGCACCUCACCUCUCCUGUUUACUCAAAAACUGUUCACCGGGAGCUCCACAGGGUCAGUAUACAUGGCCAGGCUGCUAUGGCCAAACAUUUGGUCAAUUGUGCCAGUGCCAAAUGUUGGUUCCAAUGGUGCCAAAAAUCUUUGGUUGUGGACAAUGUGAAACAUGUAUCGUUCUCUGAGGCCACCUACAUUGUCUUCCCCACAUUCGGGAGAGUUAUGGUGUGGAGAAGCCCCAGAAAAGCAUGCUACUCAAACUGUGGCAUGCCCAGAUUGAAGCAGGGAGGUGGAUCAGUGAUGGUUGGAACUGCAAUAUCAUAG